AUGACACCGCUCAAAGGAAAGACGACAAUCGUCACAGGAGCGUCCCGCGGCCUCGGCGCAGGCAUGGCUCUAGACCUCGCACGCAAAGGCGCAUCCGUAAUGCUCCUCUACACCUCCGACACAAGCGUCCCCAAAGUCCAAUCGCUCAUCACAGAAAUCACUUCCCUCUCACACACUCCCUCCGCAGUAGCCUGCAAAGCAGACCUCUCCUCAGAAUCCGCCCCAGCAACAGUCCUCGCCGCCCUCGACGCCUGGCUCGGCCCAGACGCCCGCAUCGACAUCCUAAUUAACAAUGCCGGCACAGAACUCAACGCGCCGCUAGGCACCAUCACCACCGCCGACUUUGCAAAAGUAUACGACCUCAACGUCCGCGCGCCUCUCCUCCUAACCCAAGCCCUCCUCCCUCGCCUGGCACCUAAGGACGCACGUAUAAUCAACAUCGGUUCCGUGGGUGGACGGCAGGGGUUCCCCGGGUUGGGGCUGUACUGCUCUUCCAAGGCGGCGCUGGAAGGGUUGACGCGGGUUUGGGCACGGGAGUUGGGGGAGAACGGGACGACUGUGAAUUGUGUUGCGCCGGGGCCGGUGCAGAGCGAUAUGUUGGAUAAGAUCCCCAAGGAGCUGGUGGAGAUGCAGAAGAGACAGACGCCGGUGGAGAAUCGGACGGGGACAGUGGAGGAGGUUGCGAGGAUUGUAACGUGGCUCGCUGGUCCUGAGAGUUCGUGGGUUAGUGGGCAGGUUAUUAGUGCUAGUGGUGGUUGGGCGAUGUACUGA